AUGGAUUCAAAAAGUGUUUCCAAUGAUAAGAAGGAAUUGAAGGACGCGACCAAUUCUGAUGACUCGAAACCACAAGAAUUAAAGUUAAGAAAAGACGAAACACCCGAAGACAAUCAAUUGGGGCCAAAGGUAUUGGGACUCUUUGAAAACGGACAGAUUCAGCAAUUCAUUGAGAACCGACACUUUAAAGUCCCGGAGCAAAAGGACCCGCAAUUGAGCGCCGAGUUGUUUAAGAAGAUGGCGGGCUUUCACGCCAUGGAUGUGCCCAUCAAGAGAACCAACGGCUGGUUAUACGAGAACUUUUUUGACAACUUCUACGACAGAGCCUUCAAAGACGGCUCAUUUGAUUUGUGCGAUGAACUCAAGUGCGAGACAUUGAAUGCACGGGAUUUGCAAACAGAGAUCCAAUGGCUUAAGGCGGCCAUCGAUGCCAUCGGCAGCCCUAUUGUCUUCUCGCACAACGAUCUCAAAGGCUAUAAUAUAAUGGUCACAAAAGUCAAUAACAAAGAGGGGGUAAUGCUAUGCGAUUUUGAGUACUCGUGUUACUCAUACCGGGGCUAUGACUUUGGCACUGUAUUUGCGGAAUGGGACCAUGGUGAUUACACCAAACUUCAGCAUUUUCCCGAUGAUAGUGUAAUCGAGACAUUGGUUGGCCAUUAUAUCAACGAAUCGGUCUCUAUUUUUGGGUCAAAAUAUGCGGACAAUAAAAUCAAUUCAGUUCAACAGUUGAUGAAAGAGGUUAAACUGUUUACUCUGGUCUCCAAUAUGGUUAGCGUAAUGUUUGGCAUCCAGAAUCACCAAGGUGAUGCCGCUAUACAAAAGGAUGGAAAUAGAAUGAUGGGUUUGGUUGACAUCGCUUUCAAAAAUUAUUUCCAUUUGAAAAAUAAGUUUUUGGCUCAAAAUGUGUUUUAAUACACUCAUG